AUGCCAGAGGCUUGCUUUUUGUGCUUGGACUCCACGGAGUUUAUGCGCAAUGGCGAUCAAUUUCCCACGCGUUUCCUUGGGGUACAGGAGGCGGCAAGUCUCCUGUCCAACGCCAAGAUCCAGAUGAAUGCAGAAAACACUGUAGGAUUCCUGACACUUGGUGGCAACGCGUGCACUGUCUUUGAGACCCUCACGCUGGAUGUGGAGCGAGUCAUGUGCAGCCUUGCAAAUAUUUCUAUCCGGGGCAAACAAUGCCACUUUUCGCAGGGGCUUCAGAUUGCUUCGCUCGCAUUGAGCCACCGAACAAACCCACGGGCGGAAAAGCGCAUUGUCGCCUUUAUUGGCACCCCACUUAGUGAAACAGACGAGGAGCUGGACAAGCUGGCGCGUAAGCUUCGCAAAGAUGAUGUGGCUGUUGAUAUUGUGGGGAUUUGUGUGGAGGAGAAUGUUUCGCGCCUUGCAGCGUUUGUAGACAAGUUGAGCAAGAAUGGCAACUCCCGCUUCCUUAAUAUCCCUGUUGGUGCGAACCUCACAGAUGCAUUGAUGACCAGCCCUAUUUUACUGGGCGCGGACAGUGUUGGCGGCGCAACCGAUUCCCACGAGGCGUAUCAAGGGUUUGGCGUGGACCCCUCCAACGAUCCUGACCUUGCCAUGGCUAUUCGCAUGUCGCUGGAGGAGGAGCAACAAAGACAGGCGGCGGCAGCGACACUGGCAUCCCAAAAUACGGCCCCCGCCGCUGCAACAACGCAUGAGGAGCCCUCUCCCCCGCAUGAGGAGCCGGAAGACCUGGAAAACUUGUCAGAAGAGGAAAUGAUUGCACGCGCAAUGCGGAUGUCGCUGGAGGAUGCACAACAGACGGGAAAAGGGGCAGAGGCAAGAAACACGGUUGCCACUUCUGACGAAGGGUCCUUUAUGCACGAACUUGAAAGACGUCUGGAGGGUGAACGCCUAAAUAAAGGAACCUCUCAACCACCAGGAGACGAUAACCUCCCUGUGAACGAAGAAGAGUCUCAAGGUGAGGAAGAACCGAAGGAUAAGAAAUAA